GCGAUGGCGGCGGCGCCGGGCUGCCCCGUGCCGGGCCCCGAGCACUCCCGCCGGCGCUUCCGCGGCUUCCGCUACCCCGACGCGCAGGGCCCGCGGCAGGCGCUGAGCCGGCUCCGCGAGCUGUGUCGCCGCUGGCUGCGGCCCGACGUGCGCAGCAAGGAGCAGAUGCUGGAGCUGCUGGUGCUGGAGCAGUUCCUGAGCAUCCUGCCCACCCAGCUGCAGGCCUGGGUGCGCGGCCAGCACCCGGCCGGCGGGGAGGACGUGGUGGCGCUCCUGGAGGAUCUGCAGCGGCAGCUGGGCCAGCUGAGGCCGCAGGUUCCAGGUCGUGACCAGGAACAAGAACUGCUGUGUUGUAAGAUGGCAGUGUGGAAACCAGCUCAGAGAGCACGAAGCACCCACUUGCAGCCAAUGAAGGCUCUGAUCAAGCAUGAAUAUCUGGGCCCUCAGGCCUUAGCAAGCCGGGUCCCCCAGGUACCUGGCCUUGUCUCUGAAGGGUGCUACAGAGAAGACGGGGUAGCUGCCAGGCCCACCCCAGAGUCCCAGGGUAUAAAACUGGAAGACAUGGCUCUGACCCCUGGAUGGAGGCAGCAUGAGACGUCUCAGGUGAACUUCUCCCGAGAGAAAAGGCAGACAGGUGGCAACCUCGCCUUCCCAGGUGGAGAAACACUGGCUGAGAUUAGAAACUUGCCUCUGGAUGAGGAACAAGAUGAUGGGCAGACCUCGGACAUUGCCCCAGUUUCUCCCUUCCUCAAGGCUGGUGAACAUGAGGGCAGGUUACAAAGAAAGCCGAGAAAUGCCACGGGGAGUAGAAGGUACUAUUGUCAUGAAUGUGGAAAGAGUUUCACUCAGAGUUCAGGCUUGACUAAGCACAAGCGAAUCCAUUCGGGGGAGAAACCCUACGAAUGUGAGGACUGUGGCAAGACUUUCAUUGGGAGCUCAGCCCUCAUCAUCCACCAGCGAGUCCACACAGGGGAAAAACCAUACGAAUGUGAAGAGUGCGGCAAGGUCUUCAGUCACAGCUCAAAUCUCAUCAAACACCAGAGAACUCACACUGGAGAGAGGCCCUACAAGUGUGUUGACUGCGGGAAGACUUUCAGCCAGAGCUGCAGCCUCCUCGAACAUCACAAAAUCCACACUGGGGAGAAGCCAUAUCGGUGCAACACGUGUGGCAAAGCCUUCCGGCGGAACUCCCAUCUCCUGAGGCACCAGAGGAUCCAUGGUGACAGAAAUGUCCAGAAUCCCAAACCUGGAGAGAGCAGAGAGAACCAGGGGAGGAGGGAAAGCCAGCGGGAAAACCUUGAGGCUCCCGUGUCUUAUAAGUGUAGUUUUUGUGAGAGAAGUUUCAGGCAGAACAGCAGUCUCAUAGAACAUCAGAAAAUCCACACGGGUGAGAAACCCUAUCAGUGCGACGCAUGUGGAAAGGGCUUCACCCGAACUUCAUACCUUGUUCAACAUCAGAGAAGCCACGUUGGGAAAAAAUUUCUCUCUCCGUGACUCAUGUUUUACCUGUCAAAGUUGGUGCUAAUGGCUUGUUGAACAGAAGCCUGUCUGGAGUCCUGGCUGAGAUGAAAAUGAUGUGGGGGUCUAAUUUAUCAUUAUUCAUCAAGUGUUUGUUACCCGAUAGCAUCUGGCAGAGCUGAAUUACCUCCUACCUCUAGGUUUUUGGAAACCAGCUUGUUGAUAGGAGGCUAUGGGGAGCUGCCUGGAAAGGUAGGACCUGAAGUGAUUUGUGUCACCCAUUGGACUUCCACCGGUUUCCAGAUUGGCAGAUCCCCAGCACCUCGUAACAUCUCUGGACAAGUUAUCAGAUGGCUGUGUUGGGGGCUACAGCUUUGACCAUCCAUUUUUCCUGCAGUAAGUCCUCCACCAUGUUGUAUUAAUGGAUUUUAUUUACCCGACCUCUACCCCAUCUCUGCCUUCCAUAUGGGUGCUUCAAACAUAAAAUAAAACCAGAGAAUUGA